AUGACCUUGUCCUUUUUUGGUGCAAUCCGCACCCCUACAAAUCCCCCAGUCAUGCUCCAUUCUGACUGUAAAACUAUGAUCAUGCCAGACGUGUCAUGCGUCUUUGAUGUUGUUGUGAUUGCUGCUGCUGUCGAAUUGCCUCUAACAGCACGUGCCAAAGUCCAGAAUACUGCAUGCACCCCGUUGUCCAGUAGUCUCUCUACCUGUGGUGCCGGCACAUGUCCACGCGAACCUGGAGAACCGCGUGAACGCUUUGAGAUGCCAAACUCAGUCUGCCAAAAAACCAUCGAUACUGCUCUCCUCCUCACUGCAUCUUCAGCCGGCCCGGAAAACUAUAUGUCUGGCAGGUUUGCCCAUUCUUCGGCGACUGAUAUCAAUAUUUUGUUGCCCGUCCGUCAUUGCCUGCAACUUUGUCCAAUUUAUACAUAUUCUGGGGCGUCCGUUCUGACCGAAAGGCAGACCAACCGAGGAUCGAACUCAGAGCUCUUCGGGUGGCGGGCAAGCGUACCGCCCACCACACCGACUUG